UUGAAGGAAAACAGAAUGUAGGCUACAUAGUGCCUCCGUUAUGUUGAUCGUGCACCUACAUUUCUGCACACAGUAGGCGCCAUCAUAUUUCAUAUUCACUAAGUCGACUGCCAAAACGAAGCCUGAGGUGAUCCAAAAUGAACCAGUCAACAACAAGAAAACCACCUCAGAUUGAAAAAUGGACCACAGAGGAUGUUCACCAGUGGCUGAUGGCAGACGUCAAAGUUCAACAGAGUUGUGCAGACAGAUUUACUGAAGAGGAAGUGUCGGGGGCAUGUUUAGUUUCCUUCAAUAAAACAGACAUUUUGGACUUCGGAAUAAAACACGGUCCUGCUGUGAAAAUCACAGCUUAUCUGGAAAGUCUGAAAAAAGCAUGUAAGCAUCAAUCAGAGUUCCCAGAAUAUGUGGAAAAAUGGACCAAAGAGCAGGUGAGCCAGUGGUUAGUGCAGCAUGUGAAUGUAUACAGCAAAUAUGCAGAACGACUCCAAGAGGAAGAUGUGUCUGGAGAUUGCCUUGUUUGCUUCAGGAAGCAGGAUUUAGUGGAUCUAGAUGUAAAAGGUGGUCCUGCUGUAAGAAUUAUUUCAGCACUCAAACUACUGAACCAGAAACCGGAGCCAACUCUGCAACCUAUUACAGACCAAAAAGAAGCUGCCAAACCCACUGAACCAGGAAAUGCUCAGGCCAAAAAAAUAAACCGUCCAGAAUCAUAUGAAAACACUGAAUCCAAAAGAGAUGGGAUAGUGGAAAAAGACUCCAAACAGAUUCAGUUACCAUUUGGUAAAACUUCAGAGAAGGAAGAAAUUCAACAACCAAAGCCACAGAACACGGGGGUCUGGAACAAAGGAACUGUUGUGACCACAGUGUCACCCGAUGCAUCCAGGAUUACUGUGGAGAUCAAGAACAUCCUUGAUGACCUUUCCAAAGUGGAUCUUAAAACAUUUAUUUUUCAUUUAAGAUUACACACUGAAUCCAAACGUAAACCUAUUUCUCAGAGUAAACUGGAGGAUAAGGACAGCAUGGACAUAGCUAAAUUAAUGACUGCCCACUAUGGAAGCAAGGGAGUUCCACAGGUCGCAAUACAAAUUCUAAAAGAGAUAAAUCAGCUGCCACUUGCCCGUCAGCUGGAAGAAAGAAUAAGUCAGCUGAUGCAGAUGACUCUAUCAAAAGAAUCUGUGAGGAAAGAAGCAAACCAGGGAGAAAAGCUGAAGACUUUGUUAAGUUGUGGUGGAAACUCACUUGAUAACUAUGACAAAUUUGUUGUUGUUGUAAACAAGAGCCAUCAAGAACAACUACAUUAUCUUCAGUUUCUGACGAAGUUGAAACUGUUCUGCGUGUUAGACCUUGACCCCAAUUCUGCUGCCUCAGGUGGAUUGUGUCACUCAUACAGAGAGUUGAGGGUAGCCAAUCUGCAUACACCACCACAAUUUCAAGGACAGACUGAGUCAGUGAUAAAGAACCUCAACCUUUACAAACAGACCAGCUGGGUGUUCUGUAAUGGCCGACAUGACUUGAACAGUGAGUCAAACAUGACGCUUGAUUAUAAGAACUGGUUCAGACAAUAUAGUAAGUAUGUAGAAAUGUUAAUUUCAUUCAUCUGCAACACUGAAGUUCUCCUCCAUGGAAGAUAUCUGAUCAUCUUCCUCCUACUUUCACCUGUGGACACUGAGAAAGACCCAGUCUUUGAUAUCUACAAGUCAUUCAUAAAGCACAUUAAGGAGGAAAACAUCAUCAGUGUAUGUGAGUCGCAGAGCACAUAUCUGAUAUGGAGGGAGCUGAUCAAGGAGAAGUGUGACUUUGACAUUGAGCAUCUGUCCAUAAAUGAACUAACCCUGAGUGAGAUCAAUGGCACCAUAAUGGCGAUGGGACCAUUCAGUCAGUCAUCUGUACGGCUGCUUCCCUCUUCUGGUUCCAGUACUGUUGUCCUAACACAGAAGGAUGAAGAUUUACUGACAGCUCUAGAUGUUUUGUGUACGAACCAAUGUGAAAGUGUAUAUGAUGAAAACAGUUCAGAGUUUCAUGAAUUUAGAAUCAGUGUUGAAGAAGAAUUCUACAGAGGUGGCAAAGUGAAAUGGUGGAACUUCUACUUCUGUGACAAAGACAAAGAGAAGCCAUUUAUCAAGAGAGACAAGUAUGAGAAUUUGAUGAAGCUGAUCAGAUCUCAGUGGAGAGCUUCAAACGACAUGUGUGUUCUGCUCAACCUGUUUCACCAUCCUGGCUGUGGCGGCACCACCUUAGCAAUGCAUGUGAUGUGGGACCUCCGUCAUGAAUUCAGAUGUGCCGUGCUGAAAGACAACUCCAUGCCCAAAACAGAAGUUGCCAUCCAAGUUAUUAAACUAAUGAAACUUGAAAGUGAGAAACCGUCUCCAGUUCUGCUCUUAGUUGAUUCAAAAGAAACGGAUAAUCCUUAUGAUCUUGUGAUCUCCAUACGUAAAGCUGCAGUAGAAGAAAACUUCAGUGUAAGUGCAGAUGAUGCACCAAACUGGAAAGUCAUUAUCCUUAACUGUGUUCGUUCCCAUAGUCCAAAGCAGCAAUACAAACAGCACAAUCAAACACAGAAUCAGUUCAUAACUGCUUCUUUGACCCCACAAGAGCAGAAAGAUUUUGAAAAGAAACUCAAAGAGCUUGAAGAAACUCAUGACAAACCUGAAAACUUUUACAGUUUCAUGAUCAUGAAGAACAAUUUUGACCAAAAAUAUAUAGAUGACCUUGCUCAUAACACUCUGGAGAAUUUUGAUUUCAGCAAAAAGGAGUCUGAGCUGUUUGCCUUUCUAGCUUUACUGAACAUAGUGGAAGAAUCAGAAAUAUCUCUCUCUCUCUGUGAGGAUUUUUUGGGGAUGAAAGUUUUUCGCUGGAGAGAGGACAGUGUUUUGGAAAGAAUGAAUCCAUAUUCAAACCUUCUCAUCAUAGACAGGAUUGAAGAAUCGGGUGGAUACAAAGGACUCCGGAUACUUCAUCAGACCAUUGCAUCUGCCUGUCUGGCUGAGUUGGAGAGAAGCUGCUACAAGAAAGUCAGUGAAAUUGCUAUGCAGAUGCUCCAUUAUGAUCUGUUCUUCAGUACUUUCGUUGUUAAACACCGACUGAUGCGCUCAAUUGAACGAAUGUUGAUUGAAAGGCAACGUAAGAAAGAUGGAGAUGAGAGAGAACUAUUUUCUCCUCUCAUACACAAAAUCCAUAACCUGCAGGGGAGACAAACCGUCCAAGAAAUCUUUGUGAAAGCCUCAUCCAGAUUUGUGACAAGAUCAUCUAUUCCUCAGGCACUGGCGAGAUAUUUGUACAUCAAUGAGCGUGACUACCCAGAGGCUCUGAAGUGGGCAGAAAAAGCCAAAGACAUUAAAGAAAAUCCUUACACCUUUGACACAAUCGGACAAAUUCACAAAAGCAAUUUAAAGUAUAACAUGGACAGAGAAAAGCAGGAGAAAUCACAAAAUCCAGAAGACUUGCACACAAACAUUAAAAUAGCCAUCAAUGGUAUGAAAGCUUUUCAAAGAGCCCAAGAGCUGGCAGAGCUUGCCGACGAACCACAAGAAGAAACACCUGAUGAUGACUCACAGGACUACCCCAGAAAGUCAUAUAAUGUUUAUGGGUAUGUGAGCAUGCUAGAAAUGGCUUUCUUGGUCUUUGACAUACUGAGCAAGUUGCCUUUCUUUUGGGAACAAGACCCCAUUAAGAAAAUGUACCUCCAGAGCUUUCUUAGAGGAAAAAUUAGGAUGACAAGUGUUCACAAAGAGGACAAUGAGAUCAACAACAGAUGUGUUGAGAUCAUCAACGAGCAUGAGAGGUUUCUUGUCAAACUGAAGUCUGAAGUCAAAGAGAUAUUUGAUUUUCUUGACUGUUACUUUGCCUACAUAAAACAGAACUCUGAAUUUGAUGCAUUGAAUCAUAGAACAGUCUCUGAACAUUUUAAGAAGUAUGUGCAGCUUUUCUGUACAACACCAGAAGAAAUGAAGAAAGAAAAAGAAAACAAGUCCAACCUCAAUUUGAAAUUGGAUAUCGAGGAACGCAAAGUGUUUCUUGAAAAGAACCAAGCAGACACUUUCUCAAGAAUACUUCAACAUUUGGACAAACCUGCCAAAGAGAUGGAGAAGAUCACAGAAUGCUACGCAUUUCUGCACAAAGCUGUCAGCCAAAAACACAACAUACAAAUAAAAAUUAAUUACAUCGUAUCAAACAUUGUUCUUUGUCAUCUGAAACCAAAAUCGAAACAUGUCAAGAGUUACGGAGACCUUUCUGCUCUCCUUUUAGAAACUCUGCAGGAUAUAGGACUAGAUCAUCAUCUCCCAGAUGCUUAUUAUCUGGCUCUGCUGUUAUUCUGGCCCAGUCCUACUGAGGAAAACACAGAAAUCGGGAAAUAUGUGACAGCUAUUCGAAAGUCCUCCCACAAACGCCUGUCCAAGUUAUUGCACAAGAGAAGCACCAUUGCUUACUUUUAUUUAACAAAAGAGGAGGGACUAAAGAGGUUUGUCUCCAAACCCACACUAGAUGAGAGCUUUCUGAAAAAGAUUUCUCGUGAUACUUUGGCACAACUUUGGAGGAACGGAGACAUAUUUAAGGAAAAAGCAAUCAUCAGCCGCCUACAUAGGGUUAGUGGAACCAUUGAGCAAGAAGACAUGUAUGCAAACUAUGGUAAACAGAAGAUUCCGGUGCGUCCAGCUCGCAUAAGUGGAAUCAGAAGUGGCUUCAGCACAGAAAAAGUGUCUUUCUACCUUGGAUUUGCAAUUAACGGACCAAUUGCAUAUGAUAUUAAAUAUGAAAACUAGGAAGGAGACAUUAAAAAUGCAACAAGUGAGUCAAGAAACUGAAAUGAAAUGGGGUUAGCCACCAAUGUGUUACUGUUAAAAAUUAUCUUGUAAAAGAACAACAUGUAGGAAGAGACAGUAAGAAAAACUGUAAAGGUAAACUUGCACUGCUGCAGUCCAUUUAUGGACUAUCCAUAUAUAAUUGUAUAUAAAUUUAGUCUGUUUAUUUAAUUGAAUGCUUUUCAGAUAGUUUUGGUUCUGAUAUGAAAAGAUUGAGUGGUCACUUGGAACAGCAUGUUGUAAUUAUGUAAGAAAUAUAAAGUUUUUUGUUACUUUUCAUUUGAAAAACAUUGUUCCCAUCAGUCAUCUUAUUAGAAUUCCAAUCAGUUUUUUGAUACAAUUAUUUGACUGUAGAGUCAGAGAGAUUUAUAUUAUUGAUAAAUGUUUACUAAGCUCUGAAUAAUAAAAUAGAAAAAUGUGUAAAUUUUGAAAAUUAUUUACAGGUAAACAACAAACAAGUCAUCAUAAUUUAGGUCUUUCUGGAAACUUGAACAUCUUGCUUGAUGGAUAUAUGCACUUGAUUUUGGCCAUCUGUCUUUACAGUAAUAAAUGUCAGGAUGUUCCUGAAAUAAACACAUGAAUGUUUAUUUUAAA